UGCAUCAUAAGUUUAUGGUUAGGUGAGAUGGACCCAAACGGUAGGCCCACAAAUCGGGAAACAAAGCCCCCAUGCCGAUCUCCUUCUUCUAUAUAUCUAAAUCCUAGUUUACGUGCAUUUCCUUGAUAAUUUACAAUAAUAAUGGCUGAGUCUUCAAUGCAGCGCAGCAAACUUGAAGGCAAAGUAGCAAUUAUCACCGGAGGCGCAAGCGGCAUUGGCGAAGCCACGGCACGUCUUUUCGCAGAUCACGGUGCCCGCAUGAUCGUUAUUGCCGAUAUCCAGGAUGAACUAGGCCAACGAGUAGCCAUUUCGAUUGGAACUCACAGAUGUAAGUAUUUACACUGUGAUGUUACCGAUGAGGAACAAGUGAAAGCAUUAGUUGAUUCAACUGUUCAAAAUUACGGUCAGCUAGAUAUUAUGUUUAGCAAUGCUGGGAUUAUUAGUGGCUCCGAUCAGAUCCUUCUCGAUCUUAACUUUUCACAGUUUGACCGUUUGUUCGAGGUCAACGUACGUGGCAUGGCAGCUUGUGUAAAGUACGCGGCACGUGCAAUGGUAGAGGGACACGUGAAGGGGAGUAUAGUGUGCACGGGGAGUGUGGCUGCGAGUCACGGAGGGAAAAGGCGGACUGAUUAUCAUAUGUCGAAGCAUGCAGUACUUGGAUUGGUUCGAUCAGCGAGUGUGCAGCUGGGGGUGCAUGGGAUUAGGGUGAACUGCGUUUCACCGUGUGGGGUGGCUACUCCAUUGACGUGUCAGUCGUAUGGGAAGUCUAUGGAGGAGGUUGAUAAGCUGUAUGAGCCACUCAUGCCUUUGAAAGGAGAAGCGUUGAGAGCCAGACACGUGGCGGAUGCUGUAUUGUUUCUUGCGUGUAAAGACUCUGAGCUUGUCUCCGGGCAUGACUUGGUUGUUGACGGGGGCUUUGUAAAUCGGCAAUGAAUCGGCUAAUUGCUCCUAAUUUAAGUUGUUCUUAAUAUGUAAUGUUAUUUCCAUGCACCAA